AUGUUCAAUCCGAAUGCGAGACCUCAUCCCGAGAAGUGUAACAUCUGCUUUGAGAAUGACCGUCCGUGUACUUGGAUAGUGUUUGAAUCGACACCCAAAGCUGUCCAACAGUGCUGCGAUCAAUGUGCCCGUCGCAACUUAUACUGUGAAUGGCCGGACUUGCCUGCUACCGACGCCAAUGGAGACAUCCUUGUAGAUGCUCCAGAUGCCAAUCCCUAUAUACCGGGUCGUGCAAAUGAAACCGACGCUGCGCGUCGUGCUCGAGUUGGCUCUUGGACCACCAAGCCUGACAAACCUCGUAAUCCUAAGUUACAUGCUAAAUGGCGUGAGGAUUUAUUCAUUUGGAAUAACCGCGGUAAUACUCCGCUUCCAGCUACUGUUCCGGUGACACCUGCCUCCAAAUAUCGAGCUCGCCCCCCGCCUAAAGGGCCACCUGCUACUCCAAAAGCUUCUGAUCAAUCUACUAGCAACAAAGUCCCGCCAAUCAAAAUUCCUGAAACACCACCACCGGUUCCUAUGCCUUUUAGUCAACCCCAUCUUGAACCAAUCACUCCAGCUCAGCCUGUUCAAAAUUUGAACUCUAACAUUGUUGAUUUAGAACCUUCACUUCCUGGUACUCCUCCUGCUGAACCCGUUGUUAAUUCUUCUUUGAAUGAUGUUAUAGAUGCUUUUAUUAAAAAAUAUGGUGAUGUUUCUAAUGCUAUUUGGUUCACCGAGAAGAUAGAUUUAAAGGAAGAGAUUUGCCGUGUUGGUUGCUUUAAACCCAAGAUUUCUCCUUCUGACUCUACUGUUGUUCUCACCAAAUCUAUGAUAAAUUCUGUUUAUGAACAUUGGGCUGAAUUUGAUCCUCAUUCUGAAAAAGAAUCUUCCUCUCGCGCUUGUCUUAUCAGAACCCUUAAGAUGCUUGUAGCCCAUCACUUUAUGUAUCCAUCUUUCAUUUCUUCUGAUGACUCUAAUGGUGUUGCUUCUUCCUCUGCUGAUAAAGGCAAAAAACGCGCCUACAACCAAGAUUAG